GGAAUAUUUAAGAAAAAUAAUUGUGUUAAUAUGAAUGAAUGUUAUGGUAAUGGAGAUGAUUAAAAUAGUGAAAAUAGAGAAUUAGAAAUGCCUACAUAUUAAAAGUUAUAAGAAAUAUAUUAAAAUGUUGAUUAUGAUUUUGAAAACUAUAUACAAGGGAUUCCAGAAUAUAUAAAUAAACUUUUUGAAAUUUUUUAAGAAUUAGAAGAUUUAGAAGAAUAUGAAAAAAUUCAUUUAGUUUAUUCGAUUAUUAGAAAAAUUAUUUUUUCAAACGAAUAAAAAUUGAUUGUUUUUUUAAUGAAAGAAGAAAAUUUUGAAAACUGUCUUGGUGUUUUUGAGUUUUGA